AUGUCGGUUAAAAAACUGCAAGAGAAAGUGCGAAAGGAAAUGAAAAAAUCGUCAUCAGACACCAAGCUUCAAACAGAGAAAAAGCCUCGGUCGUCACAAUCAACUUUGUCCCCCAAAACAUCGAUAUUGAUUCCAAAGCAAAAUGUUGCUCAAACGCCGCUUCAAAAGGCUUCUGCGAUUCAACGCCGAGAAGUUUUUACGGACAUCCCAAAAGCCUCUUUCCAGAAACUUGUCAAAUCCGUUGUUCUUGACAGUGGCGACUUCGCCUUUCGAGAUGAAAUCCGUUUCAACAGAGAGGCAAUCAUCGCAAUACAACUGAUCGCAGAAGACUUCAUUAUACGACUCUUCGAGGAUAGCUCGCUCUGUGCCUUCCACGCAAAGCGGAUAACGGUCAACAACCGUGACGUCAGACUUGUCCUGCGUCUCAGAAAGAUGUUCCUCUAA